CGUCAAUCCAAUAAAAGUUGUGGUAGGUAUUGACUUUUCAUUUUAUUUAUCUUGAAGAUGACCAUAUUUGAGAGUUUAAAAUCCAUUUAUCGAUUGAAGAAGUUUUUUACAUGUUUUACCAAAUAGGCAAUAUCCGGUAUUCAAUAAAAGUUUAGUGGAAAUGUGGAAAAUAAACUCAUUGGCAAUAGAAGAUGAAACAGAAAAUAAUGUCUGACCGCAAGUGGGUCACCGACCCAGACGAUUACAUCUGCACGCUGUCACCUGAGACCCAGAAGAUCGCCGAGGAGGAGCUGCGCGAAGACGAAAGUUCUCGUCGAUCAGCGCUGGCCUCCAUGCGAGAAUGGAUCAUGCAGAAUCCCAAAAUAAGGAAUUGUAGAAUGGAUUCGAAAUUCCUGUUGCGAUUUUUGCGUUUCAAAAAAUUCCACGUAACACUCGCACAAGAAUGCAUCGAACGCUACAUCCUCUUGCGGCAGACAUUCGGAGUCGCCUUUAACUGCUUGGACAUCACGAUACCAAUGAUGCAACAGCUUACCGAAUUGGGAUACAUGUUCGCUUGUCCAAAAAGAGACAGCAAGGGAAGGAGGGUAAUAGUAACUAGGCCUGGCGUAUUCGAUCUAUAUUCGUUUACCAACGCGGACAUGUGUCGAAUCCAUGGUAUCGUGUAUGAAACUUUGAUGGAAGACGAAGAAAAUCAAGUUAGGGGAUUUGUACACUUUGCCGAUGGACAAGGAGUGGGAUUCCCCUACCUAACUUUAUUCUCCAUCAAGGAAGCCGUGCGUAUAGUUAAAAACGGAGAGAGAACACUUCCGAUGAGACAUAAGGAGGUCCAUGGUAUGCACGUUAAUCCCUCGAUGAAAUUCGCCCUCGACUUCGGCAUGUCCUUAAUUUCAGAAAAGAUUAGAAGCAGAGUAAGACUAUACAGCAAUUUGCAGGAAGUAAUUUCAAGCGGACAUGUGGAAGUUGAUGUUCUACCCAAAGAAUAUGGUGGUGAAAUGCCAAUGAGGGAAAUGAUAGAACUGUGGAAAAAAGAACUAGCUGACGCCCAUCCCAUUUUAAUGUCACACGAUAAGAUGGAAGUCGAGGAAACCUUAUUCAGUGCCAAGGCCAAAGAGGGCGCUGUUUCCGCAUUGAAAAGAAACGUGACCUCCUGUGGAUCAGAAGGCGACUCCUUGUCUGGUAUUACAGGCAACUUCAGAAGAUUAGAAGUAGAUUAGGAAUAUUAGAAUUCAGUUGAUAGACUUUGUAGAUUUAGGACCAAUUUUGUGGUGGAUUAGUAUUAGUUUCAUUUAUUUUUUUACUUUUCAUUUUCAUUCAAACAUCUACUCAUAAAAAUUGUUAAGUAUUAUUUUGUUACUUUAAUUGCAUUAUAUGCCAUUACAAAUAUAUACCUGAGAUAUU